CACCCAGCACAGGCAGGACAGCACUGCUGCCAGCAAGCCGAGCGCAGCAUCCUGCAUCUCUGCAGAGCCUCUUGGUUAGGAGCAUCAAGGAAACAGAAACCAAACAAAUUAUGUUCUUCAGACUCUGGUGGCUUUUGUGGAUACUUGAACAACAUCAAUUUUUAGCAGAAAAUCUCAGGGAAGAAAAAAGUUAUGGACUGAGAAGACCCAAACCUAAACACAUUCUGUCAAAUACCGUGGAAAAAUAUCCCAGCCCAAGUGAUCAAGAUGAAGACUGCAUUCUGGAAAUUGCUUUUUUACUGGACAGCUCCGAGAGUGCUAAGGAUUAUAAUCACGAACAGCAGAAAAAAUUUGUACUGGAAACAGUAGACAGAAUGAAAGGUCUGCAGCUUAGUUCUGGACGGACCCUUAGCUGGAGGAUGGCCUUACUCCAGUACAGCAGCACUGUUUUCAUAGAACAAACUUUCCGUAACUGGAAAGGUCCUGAAGCAUUCAAAUCCCACAUUGCUCCCAUCACCUACAUAGGUCAUGGUACCUACACAACUUAUGCUAUUACUAACCUCACACAACUCUACAUGACUGAAGGGACUCCAGGUAGCGUGAAACUAGCCGUGCUCUUCACCGAUGGAGUUGACCAUCCAAGAAACCCAGAUAUUUUUGCAGCUACAGCUGAUGCUAAACACCAAGGAAUUGUAUUGUUCACAAUGGGAAUGACCAGAGUGGCUGAGGAGGUUAGCAAUGCUGCCAAGCUCCGGCUCCUGGCCAGUAUCCCAGCAUCCAGGUUUGUUUUCAACCUCCAGGACAAAGGAACUGUGGAGAAGGUUCUCAGAGAAAUGGUAUGUACAGAAAAAUAUUACAAAUGGCUAGAGGAACAUUGUCCACAGGCUGCCAUAUGUAACUGUGAAAAGGGAGAGAGAGGCCUUCCUGGCCCUGCUGGUAAAAAGGGUCGCACUGGGGAUGAUGGAGCUCCAGGCCUGAAAGGAGCAAAGGGAGAACCGGGUCUUAAUGGAAUCCCAGGACGAGAUGGAAUAGAGGGGAAAUCUGGGUAUAAAGGAGAGAAGGGUGAAAGAGGUGAAUGUGGAAUCCCAGGGAUAAAAGGAGACAGAGGUCCUGAAGGUCCAGUUGGCCCCAGAGGAACAAGAGGGCCCCAGGGUCCACAAGGUCAAGCUGGAGAUCAAGGGCCUGAAGGCCUGCAAGGAUCAAAGGGUGAAAGAGGUCUCCCGGGGCCACCAGGCUUACCUGGAGAGACUGGAAUAGGACUACCAGGCCCAAAGGGUGACAUCGGUUUGACAGGAAGACCAGGCCCUGUUGGCCCACCUGGAGUUGGUGAGCCAGGACUUCUGGGGCCUCAAGGACCACAGGGUAUUCAAGGAGAACGAGGUUCACCAGGAGAAGGGCUUCCAGGAACAAAGGGAGACCGUGGUUUUGAUGGACCAAAAGGCCCUCGUGGACUUCCAGGCAUCGGCAUAAAAGGUGAAAAGGGUGAAUUUGGUCCUCCUGGUUUACCUGGGCCAAUAGGAUUACCUGGAAUUGGAAUUCAAGGAGAGAAGGGAGUGGAGGGCCCAAAAGGACCACCUGGCUCCAGAGGGCUUCCAGGACAGGGACUACCUGGACCAAAGGGUGAACAAGGCUUGCCAGGAGAAACUGGAGUGCCAGGAGAAAGAGGUGUUGGAGAACCUGGUUCUAAGGGUGAGCCAGGCCUUUCAGGACUUGCAGGUCUGCCUGGCCUUCCAGGAGAAGAUGGAGCACCUGGACAAAAGGGUGAACCAGGAUUGCCUGGUCUUAGAGGCCCUGAAGGUGCUCCAGGGGUUGGAAUACAAGGGGAGAAGGGAGAUCAAGGUCAGAGAGGAAUACGUGGAUUAACAGGACCAACAGGAGUGCCUGGGCCUGCAGGAGCUAAAGGAGAGCCUGGGGUACCAGGACGUCUUGGAAUGCCAGGCCCUCCUGGAAGAGCUGUACCUGGACCAAAGGGUGACAUUGGGUUACCUGGUCUUGCUGGACCAAUUGGAGAACCAGGUUUUGGGCUUCCUGGGGCAAAGGGUGACCGAGGCCUUCCAGGACCCCCUGGGCCCUUUGGGCCAAAAGGAGAUGGUUAUCCUGGACCACCUGGCUUGCCAGGCCUUCCUGGGAUUCCUGGUGAACAAGGACCUGAUGGAGUUGGACUACCAGGACCUAAGGGUGAUCCCGGUAGUAGAGGACCAAUUGGUCUCCCAGGUCCCCCAGGAGAAGGCCUGCCAGGACCAAAAGGAGCCGUAGGAUGCCCAGGGCCACCUGGCUCUUUGGGACCUCCUGGUGAAGGCAUUCAAGGAAUUAAGGGGGAACAAGGAAUUCAUGGAAUGCCAGGACCACGAGGCCCUCCUGGAGAAGGGCUUUUGGGACAGAAGGGAGAUCGAGGAGCUACAGGUGAAAAGGGGAAAAAAGGAGACAAGGGCAAUGUGGGUGACCCUGGUUUAGCUGGAGAACCUGGCAAGAUUGGACCAAAAGGAGACCAAGGCCUAACAAGAGAAGAUAUAAUUAAAUUAAUUAAAGAGAUAUGUGGUUGUGGUAUUAAAUGUAAGGAAAUUCCUAUGGAGCUUGUAUUUGUGAUUGACAGCUCUGAGAGUGUCGGACCAGAAAAUUUUGAGAUUAUCAAAGACUUUGUAACUGCUUUAGUAGACAGAGUAACUGUAGGCAGAAACGCUACCAGAAUUGGCCUUGUACUCUACAGUUUAGAAGUUCGGCUAGAAUUUGGUCUCAACAAGUACACAACUCAACAGGAUGUCAAACGAGCAAUUAGAAAAAUGCAAUACAUGGGAGAAGGCACUUACACAGGAACUGCUAUCCGUAAAGCAACCCAGGAAGGAUUUUUAGGUGCUCGAACAGGAGUGCGAAAAGUAGCUAUUGUGCUAACAGAUGGCCAAGCAGACAAGAGAGAAGCAGUGAAACUAGAUAUUGUUGUUCGAGAGGCUCACGCAGCAAACAUCGAAAUGUACGCGAUAGGAAUUGUAAAUACUUCAGAUCCAACACAGGCUGAGUUUGUGCAUGAAUUAAAUCUGAUUGCUUCAGAUCCAGACAGAGAACAUAUGUAUCUCAUCGAUGACUUUAAUACCCUUCCAGCUCUGGAGUCCAAAUUAGUCAACCAAUUUUGUGAGGAUGAACAUGGUACUUUAAUAUACAAUCGUAACGGAAAUGGUGCAAGCAUAAGUGGACCAUCUUUCCAUUCAGUAUCUUCAAGUUCUUCAUAUUACAGGCUUCAGAACAACAAUGUUAAUGGGCAAUCACUUUCAGCACAGACACCUGGAGUAUCCACAGCAGAAAGUCCUCUGGGACUUGGUGACCUUCCUCAACCAUUAGUUCCGACCAAAGUACCUCCUGUGGUAGUUUACGAAGCUUAUGAAGAGGAAUUAGAGGAAGAGGAACAAUCGUCUUUGCUAACAGUGGACACUAGAGCCAUGAUAUCAUCAUUGCCACCAUCAGAUGAAGUGCUGACUCAUUCAACUGCAGGGCUCACACCAAGGCCAGAAAGCGUUCUGGACCUCCGAUGCAAGUUAAGGCUGGAUCAAGGGCCAUGCCGUGUUUACAUUAUAAAAUGGUAUUAUGAUAAACAAGCCAAUGCUUGUGCUCAGUUUUGGUAUGGUGGCUGUGAUGGGAAUGCAAAUCGUUUUGAGAGUGAAGAGGAAUGUAGAGAGGCUUGUGUAUUUGCUUCUGGAGGUAAGAAUUUGUAUCUAUCUCUACGUUAAUAACUAGCAAGUUAUUAAAUUGCUAUUU